CGUUGUAAACGAGUUUUAAAUACAAUUUACAUAAUGAAAAGUUAAACUUUCUCCGAAUAUGCUUUUAUUUCUAAUUUUAGCACUCGAAUGAAUACAAGCUUGAUACUGUUUUCAAACCAGUUAUGUGUUCUAGAAGCUAUUAACUAGCCAUCAUUAAAAACCCAUUGAAAGACCUAUAGGUAUCUAGUGUAGACCUAAGACCUAGUUAUUAUAAUAAUUUGCCUAACUACCAUACUAUAAACUGAGUUUAAUUACGGCAUCAAUGUUAAGUUCAAUGCCACGAAGAUGAACGCAACUGCCUCUUAGAUCACUCUCGAUACCGUAGGCGACCUACUUCGAGAGCCACUUGCAACAAGCUUACAGUCUCCGACGAAGCCUCACCGCGGCCGAACGCACCAUGUUUUUCGAAAGUUUUCUCCUUAACCUCGCAGUAAUAUGCGUGCUUAUUAUCGCUCUAAUCAUCGACUAUGUGACCAAAUUCUUUAGCUACUGGUACGUCCGCCACGUACCUUACAAGUCACCCUCAGUACCGUUCUUCGGAAGUGAUUACCACAGAGUCCUCGGAGUCAGAAGCAGUACUGAAGAAGUCAACUUACUUUACUCCAAAUAUCCCAACAGUAAGUAUGUGGGACGCGUCAAAUGCAGGAUUCCUGACCUCAUAGUGAAAGAUCCCGACACAGUAAAGAGGAUGUUGUCAACGGAUUUCGCGAAUUUCCAUAGCCGAGGUCUCUGCUUGGACAAAUCUCUGGAUGUUUGUUUACGAGACAAUUUGUUUUACGCCGACGGUGAAAAAUGGACCCUAUUGCGAGAAGGCUACGAGUCGUUAUUGAGUAACAUGAACUGUGAAUUGGAGAGUUUAAGUGACUGUUUGCCGGGAACAAAUGAUGAUGCUAACGUUCAAGAGAUAUUGUCGAAGGUAUUGGACAAAAUCUUCGAGGAUUUACUUCUCGGUAGUGGCGGAGGGUCAGUUGUAAAGGAAAUGAGAUCAGCAACACAAAAGCGCACAUUGAUCGAGAGAUUUAAGAGUUAUUUGAAAGAUAUUUUCCCGUCCUUAUACAUUACAUUUGGAUUGUCAACUGUGUUUGGUGAACCAUCUUCAAAAACAAAGGCUAACAUCGAAAAAUCUAAAAUUCUGACACAAAUAAAGAGUCUGGGUGUGUAUCAACUUGGACUCAAAGAAAAGAAGAAAAAAUCAAAUUCCGAGGUAGAAUUCGCAUUCUCAAUGAUAUCUUCAUUCAUUACUGAGGGGUACAUUCCUUGCUUAAACGCAUUGACCGCAUUGAUCUACGAAUUAGCUUUGAACCCUGAGGCACAAGAGAAAUCAAGGAAUUCGGUCUCAAAAGACAAUAGGGAUGAAUACUUAGACGUUGCUAUAAAAGAAUCAUUGAGACUGCAUCCCCCUUAUUCAAUUAUUUCUCGACAAUGCACGAAAAUGUAUCACCCUGAAGGUGGAAUAUUGAUUGACAGAAAAGUAACUGUUAACGUUCCUGUAAUGGCUUUGCAUAGAGAUGAAGAAAACUACUUAAACGCAAAUGUGUUUAAUCCCGAUCGGUUUUUGGAUGACGAAGGCGCUUCUAAACACUGUUACGCAUAUUUACCGUUUGGUGCCGGACCAAGAAAAUGUAUUGGUGAACAAUUGGCGUUGAAUAUAUUAAGGAACGUUUCAAGAGCUAUAUUGAAGAAAUAUGAGAUUGAGCCAUGUGCAAGAACCCCGUCCAAAUUGACCAUGGUCGACCAUAACUUUGGAAGAGUCGUUGACCGAGAUAUUUGGCUCAGAUUCAAGGCAAGAGCUUAGUGCGUAGAAUUAAUUGAGGAUUUAGACUGUAUUUUUGUAAAACAACCCACUCUUUUUAGUUUAUAAUGAAACUAUACUAAGCAGUCCCAUCAAGAAUUUAAAACCACAUUCGACAUUAAAAUUUACCUGUCAAUAAAACUAUCGAUAGUUCCAAUAAAAUAUAAAUCCCAAGCUCCUGACUUUAGCGUGUGGUCUUUAUUUAGAUGUACUUAAAACGUUCAAGUAAUUUGGUACAGAUGUCUAAGUAUUUUGGCAUUUUUAAAAUGAUGUAGGAUAAAUUACGAUACACAUACCUAUAUAAUAGAAUAAUGGAGAAGAAACAUUUACAUGACGUAUACAAUUAUUACUUAAGGCUGUUUUAGACGUAGUAGGGUAAUAUUGGGUUAAGGUGUGUUCAAUAUUUUUUGUAUCAAAUAUGAAGCUCAAAUAGUUGUUAAGUUAUUUAUAAGUAUAGUGAAUAGUACUAUUAAUACUAUUAGGUUUUACUUAAUAAUAAAAAAUAAAUAAAUAAAAAUUUAAUAUUUUUA